UUCCCGUAAGGUGUGCUGCCAUACAUAUUUGUAUGACGGCAGUAUUCGUCCAUUUCUAACUGAUUGUUGUAUACGCAUCGGAAUGGAUAAUCGUUGUUACUGUUGUACCUCUAAAUUCGGUGUCUUUAAGAAGGAGCUGGGUUGUAAAAAAUGUGGCCGCUCAUUCUGCUCCGGCUGCCUGACUUUUAAUGCUGUGGUGCCACGUUAUGGCAACACCCAGCAGAAGGUCUGCAAGCAAUGCCAUGAUAGUCUUACAAGUGGGAAUACUUCAAACGAUUCAAGAAAAUGGUCACCCCCCGAAAACUACAAAAAACGAGUAGCUGCUUUUGAAGCCAAACAGCAAAAACAGAAAGCACAACCACACGGAGGCAGUAUAAAUUCUCAAGUGGGUCUUCCUCCUAAAGGCCUAAGUAAAGAAGAUCAGGCAAUUGCUGACAGGCUUCAAAAGCUGAAAGAAGACACUGCACCAAAGUCUCUCCCUUCUGACAAAGAAAUUGAGGCUCGGCUCGCUGCCCUGAAAGCUCCCAGCAAGCCAGUGCCUACUUCGCAGGAGAUGGAAGACCGUUUAGCAGCUCUAAAGGGCCAAACGCCUCCUUCUCAAGCUCCUCAACCUUUCUACCAGCCUCCAAAUAACAGGACUCAAACAGAGCAAGCCAAUGAUCUUCUUACUCAGAUGAGAGAGGAAGUUGUUAUCGACCAUGAGCUUGCAAAUCCUGGAUCCAAUGAUGGAGUUAUGAAUGAUCUUAACAAAGGUGGGGCCAAGACACAACAGGACAAUAUGGAUGAGAACCAAGACCCAAGGAGGCAGCUUGAGAUAGAGGCAGCACAAUUGCUUGAAGAGGCCCGUGCGGAGCUGAAAAAGGAUCGUCAUUCAUCAGAACAAAUCCUCAACAUGGCCAAGAGGCUCGCACUUCUGAAGGGCCAGGACCCAGAAAAAGUUAAGAUGGAAGAUUUCAAAGACCCAGACAGUGAUGAGGAGACAGAGGAUGAAGCCAUAAAAAGGAUUUUAAAGCAGCUCUCAGAAGAAGCUGCACUAGAUGAGGCCAGUGGCUACAACAUACCUCUAGAACACAGUGGACCAAAAAACGCAGAAAAGAAAAAGUUCCCCAAGAAGCCUAAUCAAGCUCCAGCAGCCAAGAGUCGGACUCCUCCAGCAGCUGUGAGAUCGGCCCAAUCGCCGUCAGACAGCGAUGACGAUGAACUUCCGUGGUGUUGCAUCUGUAACCAUGAUGCCACUCUACGCUGUUACACCUGUGAUGGCGACUUGUACUGCAACCGCUGUUUCAGGGAAGGACACGAUAAAUACGACAGGAAGGAGCACCGCACCGCCAAUUACACUGCCCCAAAAAAGAAACGGAAGUCCUGAUGGUGACACUGAGCUGCUAAUGGUGGCCUGAUCGACACUGCAUUAUUUCACCAUUAAAACACUUAGUGUUGAUAAGAAAGCCUUACACUAACUUCAAAACGUUAAACAUGCAUGUUUAAAUCCAGUCACUGAUGUUCUUUUUGUGUUAAAAUGAAUGAAUAAUUUAAGUACAUUGAAGUAGUAAUAAUACAGGUAAAAGAAUUAUGCUGUCUUAAAUAUCAAUGUAAUGUUCUUCAGAUUUAAUCAAAAUAGGAGUGCAUCUUUGAGAAUUUUUUUUUUUGUCACUCAUCCUACUUCCUAAGUAACUCGGGCUUUGCUUUGCAAUUCGAGGGUUUCACGAUGUUGACAGCACACACAAUACAAAGCAAAUCAUGAGCUCUUCUGGGAUGAUUUCCAAACUCAGACUGUCAGCACUGGAGUGACGACGCUCCGCAGAGUCCGGAUAAAAGGAUUAGCAAGGGUUUUGUUUUCCAUUGGCACGCACCUCGGCCAAACUUGUAAUCUACAUUUGAAUGUGUGUCGAACAUUGCGGCGUUGCCUUGUUUCUCCUUGCACGUAAUUUCAUUACUGUGACUGCUGUAGGGUUGUGUUUGAGAGAUGGCUACAUUUUAUUUUUUGUAGUUUUUCAGUCAAGCCCAAUCACUUUACAAAAACCUCCCUGGCUGGCAGAGUCGGCUGCAAGUGACGAGAGUGUAGAUGCUCUCAAUAGUGGAAAUGGGGGGCUAUCCAAGCAAAUUACUCUAAUGGACCCUGAUGGAGCCAAAAGACCCUUGUGUGUGACAGAGAGACGAGCAGAGUGGCAGAGUGUAGUCUCAUCAAGACACAUCACUGUCUAGCCAACUGAGGAGAAACCAUCAUCGCACUCUCCUCUGGGGGCUCCAUUAAGCUUUGUAUGGAGGUCGUUAAUGUGUUUGCUUUUUCUUGUUAUGUUGUACGCAGACCACAGACAGGAAAUGGGAGAGAAUAAUGGAUGCAUACUUAAUGGACCUUCCUCCUGAUGGAUUUUGCUGUGUUUACUCCUAAACUUGACAUGUCAACUUCCCCUGCCAUGCUGAUAAAUAAGUGGCAGAAAAGGCUUUCUGGAAAUAAUAAUAUGACUUACGUCUUAUUGACUAACUGUCUUGUAAAAGUCAAGUCAUAGUACGAGGGGGACUUUAAGAAGAAUGAGUGUGUGGAAUAAAUAUAAUACCCAAAGACAUCAAGUCACUGAUGUUUGUCGUUCUAUGGGAUGUGACUCUUCGUAUCGAAAAUGUCUCUUUUAUUGUCAUACAAUACUCUUACAUGAACAAAAAUAUUUGUACAUUAACAAGCAAACAAAAAUUUACAGUCUUACACAUGACAGAAAUAUCUGGAGUAAUAUUACAGUUUCCAUCACAAGUGCAUCGUUAUAUGUAUUCGGGUUCAGGGGGUGGCAUGAUGUCACAGUCCAAACAGUCAAAGAUGAUUGACUGCUUUGGUGUCCAA